AGACUCAAUUUAACUUUAUUUCAAACUGUGGCAACAAUGUAAACUAACCGCCAAAUGUAAGCAAAUUUUGUUCAAAACAAGUUGACAAGAAAUGCGGCGUAGUUUGGCUCCUAGCCAAAACCGGGCAUUAAAUCUGCGUCCGAGUUAUAAUUUUACGCCACCAUUGCAAAACAAACGAAAGCGUAGUUGUCAAGAGCAGGCUUUAAAUAAAACCCAAAGCCCACGUUCAGUGCCAUUAAGUGAAUAUGAGCAGGCGAUUGCUAAAGUACUCUCACGACCUUUUAAAGUACCUAUUGCGGACUAUGUGCCAGACUAUAAUGGAGGUAACCGCUGUCUCGGUAUGCGGCGCAGUAAUGUGCGAAAGGCGUUACAUGAUCCACAAGCAUGCAAUGCUUUGAUAUUAUAUACACCGCCAAAUUAUACGGAACAUGAACGUAUCACUUUGGAUCCAAACAAGCUGCAAGUCCAUGUAGUAGUUGACCCACUACUAAGCAAUAUUCUGCGACCACAUCAACGGGAAGGUGUUCUCUUCAUGUAUGAAUGCGUCGAAGGACUUCGCGGUGAGUUCAAUGGUUGCAUUAUGGCCGAUGAAAUGGGUUUAGGAAAGACUUUGCAAUGCGUAACAUUAGUAUGGACGUUACUACGCCAGAGUCCAGACUGCAAACCGACUAUUUCAAAGGUGGUUGUUGUGUCACCUUCAUCAUUGGUAAAAAAUUGGGAAAAAGAGUUCAAUAAAUGGUUACAUGGGCGAUUGCAUUGCCUCGCUAUUGAAGGUGGCGCAAAGGAAGACACAAUACGUGCUUUGGAACAGUUUGUUGUGGAUAGCGGGCAACGCUGUGGAACACCAGUACUCUUAAUCAGUUAUGAAACAUUUCGAAUUUACGCAAACAUAUUAUGUCGCAAUGAAAUGGGCAUGGUUAUCUGUGACGAAGGACAUCGAUUGAAAAAUAGAGAUAAUCUAACAUAUCAAGCCCUAAUGGGAUUGAAAACGAAGCGCAGAGUUUUACUUUCAGGCACACCAAUACAAAACGAUUUAACCGAAUAUUUCAGUUUGGUAAACUUUGUGAAUCCGGAGAUGUUAGGUUCAGCGACGGAAUUCAAGCGGAAUUUCGAAAAUGCUAUAUUGCGUGGCCAGAACGCUGAUUCAACAGAUAAAGAACGUGAGCGGGCCAUAGAGAAAACACAAGAGCUAAUAGGCCUAGUAAAUCAAUGCAUUAUACGGCGUACAAAUCAAAUAUUGACCAAAUAUUUGCCUGUUAAGUUUGAAAUGGUAAUUUGUGCAAAACUUACUGAUAUGCAAAGGGAAUUGUAUAAAAACUUUAUAAAAUCGGAUAAAAUUCGGAGAAAUUUAGCGGAUUCCAAUGAUAAGGCCUUGCUCUCCGCACUUGCCGACAUUACCACAUUAAAAAAGCUAUGCAGUCAUCCAGAUCUAAUUUAUGAAAAAGUGUUGGCAGGUGAGAACGGUUUUGAAAACUCGCAGAACUUAUUCCCAGCAAACUAUAAUCCAAAAGAGUUUAGCCCCGAAUUCAGUGGCAAAUUUAUGCUGCUUGACUUCAUGUUGGCUUCAAUACGCACGAAUAGUGACGAUAAAGUAGUACUCAUAUCGAAUUAUACACAAACGUUAGAUCUGUUCGAGAAACUUGCACGUAAAAGAAGAUACUCCUACGUUCGUCUUGAUGGUUCCAUGACAAUAAAGAAACGCAGCAAAGUGGUGGAUAAAUUUAACGACGCCGAAUCUGAUUGUUUUCUAUUUAUGUUGAGCUCGAAGGCUGGUGGAUGUGGUUUAAAUUUAAUUGGUGCAAAUCGUCUCUUUAUGUUCGAUCCUGAUUGGAAUCCGGCAAAUGAUGAGCAAGCUAUGGCUCGAGUUUGGCGAGAUGGGCAAAAGAAGCCUUGCUACAUAUAUCGCUUGGUUGCUACAGGCUCAAUUGAAGAAAAAAUCCUGCAGCGUCAAACACAUAAAAAAUCGCUAUCGAGCGCUAUAAUUGACAAUAAUGAUAGCGAUGAGAAACAUUUCACGCGCGAUGAUCUCAAAGAUCUAUUCCGAUACGAAGCUGAUAUUCUCUCCGAUACGCACAUUAAAUUAAAGUGCAAACGAUGCGUGAAUAACAUACAAAUGCAACCGCCUCCAGAAGAUAGCGACUGUACGUCACAUUUGUCACAAUGGUAUCACUGCUCGAACAAUAAAGGACUGCCGGACAGCACCUUAUCGCAAGCAUGGCUAACGAGUAAUUGUGUUUCUUAUGUUUUUCAUCACCGAUCCCAAGGCGAGGCAAAAGCAAAGGAGUCCAAUGAAGAAGAAAAAGAAAAUAUUGAAGCCGGUUUUGGUAAGGAAAAAAUUGAUAAAGAACUCAACAAAAGUGAUGAGGAUACGAGUGAUGAUGAUUCUGACUAUGUUCCAGAUGCCAGUGAUUAGACCUAAGCUUAGACUAAUAAUAUUUAUUGAAACCUUUUCAAAUCCAUUUUUAUGCACAUCUGCAAAGUGUAUAAAUGGCUGAUCAUAGGUUUCUAACUAUGUACAUUUUGAUGGGAAAACAUUCAAUGUAAAAGCCAAGAGCAAGCAGCUGAA